CCGUUCGGCUUGGGCGGCAACGCCGUCGCUGCCUGGGGCGACGCAGACGCGAUUUGUAUCAACCUUGCGUCCGUUACCUUCUGCUUUACACGCAAUUUGGGCGUCGGCACGUUGGACGGCAACAUGGUCGACAUCGCUGUGAGCGGUACGACGGUGUACGGUAUCGACGCCACUGGUACACUCUCGAAAGGCUCGCUCACAAGCAUUACACAAAACACGGCGUCGUGGGUGGCAAUGGCCAAUGCGCCGGCGCUGAGCGACGUCUCGGCGGGUGGCGGGCGCGUCUGUGGCGUCAAGAAGGCCGACAAGAAGAUCGUGUGCUCGACCGACGGCGCCACGUGGACGCAGCUGCCAGGUGCCAACUGGGUGCACGUCGCGGCAUUUGGCAACAAAGUAUACGCGACCGACAGCAACAACGCUCUCAAGUCGUAUACGUUCGCGUAGUCGAUCUCGAAACCAGUGCUUUCGUCAGCACAAGGGUCGCCGGGUUCCCAAUAUACUGUAGCACGGUUCAAAAUCGAGUGCUCUUUUGCAUA